UCGUGCGCGCAAGUAUCCCUCAGAUACGCGGAAAGACGGCCUCCAAAAAAUCUAGAAAAAAAACAACAAGAUAUACUGACAAAGAAAAAAGAGGAAACCUGAGGAAAAUACAAUACAGUACUAUCAGUGCUGGGAAAAAUGUUACAACAAUAUCCGUGGGCAAAUGAAAAGGAAAAGAAAGCGUGAAAAGUGUAACUGAAAGCUUCAUGAUUUUCUUUACACAAAAAACAUAUUUUCCUCGGUACUAUACAUAAUUCUAAGGCAGCAGCAGCAGCAGCAGCUUUUUCGGGAACCCCAAAAAUGAGUGCGUUUUGGUGAAAGCGGGAUUGAGCAAAGGAGGAGAAUAAUUAGGAACCAACAAAAAAACACACCCUCACCUGUGGAUGAGAGCUUUAGCAAUGAGCUGCCUCCACUUGAAGAACUUUAAAUGCGCCAAGUGGUCGCAAUCGUUACCAAGGAGUUAAGCAACUGAAUAUCAUAGCAUAAGAACACACCAAACACACUUGAGGCCAUUUUCCGGGAAGAAUUCUUCGCCUGAAGUCUAUCGAAAAAAGUUUAAAAGGGAGUUUCAGCAUGCCACCGAUCAGGCAGCUGCUGGUGCUGGUGGUGCCAGUGCUUGUGGCUCUCCUGUCCCUCCUGGUGAAUCCCUCGUUGGCCCAGCGACCGCUGAUCAUGAACCACACCUUCAGCUCGCUGCCCAUGUCCCAGCAUCCGAGCUUCAACAGCUGGCCAGGUGCCUCGGGGGGGAAACAGCUGCGAAAUGGGAGGCUGCAUGAGCAACCCCUGCCCCUGCCACAACCCACGUCGCCGGUGGUCACACAGUACGAGGACUACGAGUCGGCUCCGCCAGGAUCGCGGAGAGAUAACAAGCGGCGACUGGCCCAGUUGGCCCAGCGACCCGGAAGCGGAAAUGGCGGUCGGCGUGGCAUGGAGUCGCUGCGCAAGGAGCUCAUGAAUCCCUCGGUGGGUGGUCCGGGCGGUGGCAUUUCCGGCGCCAGUGCCGGCUACCCCUCGUACUCAGGCACCUCCUCCAUUGGCCGCAUUGAUGGUCUAGGCCAGGGCAUUGGAUCCGCGGACCGCUAUGGAUCCAUGUACGAGCUGAAGCAGCCCAGUGGAAUGGCCGCCAUGACCGCCGGUCCAUUGGGAGGACCCUACUCCACCAGAUUACCUCCCCAGUACGUCGGUGGGGAAGACCAGCCCAAGCGCUUCAAUCAGUGGAAGAGCUCCAUCAGCGAGCUGUACAAGCUGAAGAAGGCCCUCAACCAAGCGGAUGAACCUGCUGGCGGGGUCACACACGGAAACUUCGAGGGGGAUCUGCAGCCCUCGUCGGCGGACCCGCUGCAGAAGAUCAAGGACCGCAUCCGAGACACCUCUCCAAAUGCGAACACAUACGCUCCCCACACGGAUGCCACGCCCUCGUCGGAGUACGAGUUUGAGCUGGGCGUUAAGUGUAACUUCGAGAGCCCUUGCUCCUGGACCUGGGGCAACUACACGGACGGUUUUCAAGUUAUGUCUGGCAUGGAGUUGAUGAAGAAGAACCUCACAGGACUGCUGCCAGGACCCACAGCCGAUAGUAUCGACGAUGCGAACGGAAGGUUCCUGUACGCCCGCGUGAUUCCGAACUCGAAGCCUCUGAAUCUCACCUCUCCGGAGUUCAGUACCACCAUGGAGAAGUGCUAUCUGGAGGUGUACAUGCACCAAAGCGACAUGAGCCACGGUCUUUCCAGGGUGGUGGUGGAACCACUCCAUACAUCUGAGAGCAGCUGGGUGCCGGCCGAGAUCCUGGGCGACAAUCAGCGCCAAUGGACGAGGAAGGUAUAUCGCCUGGGUCGCGUUUCACGCGAUUUUCGCAUCGUCUUCGAGGUGGUUCCCGAACUGCGACCUGGUCAGAAGGGUCAUGUGGCGCUGGACAACUUGCGGAUGGUAAACUGCUUCCCCGAGGGCACAAAGUCGGAGAAGUGCAGCACCUCGCAGGUGAAGUGCACUGCCAACAGGGUGCCCGUGUGCAUCCAUCUACCCCGAAUCUGCGACAUCACCAGGGACUGCGAUGAGGCGGAGGAUGAGCAGCAGUCGUGUGAUAAAAUACCUUAUGGCGGUCGUUGUGACUUCGAGGAAGACUGGUGUGGCUGGCGAGACUCGGGAAAGACCACUCUCACCUGGUCACGCCACACGGGAUCCUCGCCCACUCAUGACACCGGGCCGGAUGGGGAUCACACGAUGCAGCAUCUGCAGAACAACACCAGUGGAUACUACAUGCUGGUCAACAUGAAUCAGCAUCAGAACAACAGCGAAAAGAACUCGAUCAUAGGAUUUGCCAGCAAUGCCAUAAUGGUCAGCAAGACCUUCAAUCCGCCGCCAUCGGUCCAUGGAAACCCUGACUCUGCCUAUCGUAACUCCUGUGUGGUGAGGUUCUUUAUCCACCAGUUUGGCAAGAACCCGGGCAGCAUCAACCUCUCCGUGGUGGAGAUGAAGGAGAAGGAGAACAUCACCACCACGCUGUGGUGGAGCACCAAAAACCAGGGCAGCGAUUGGCUGAGAGCGGAAUAUGUACUGCCAAAUAUAACGUCCAAAUACUAUCUUCAAUUCGAAGCUCGCAUGGGCAUGAGAAUCUACUCGGAUGUGGCUGUGGACGACUUCUCUUUGAGUCCUGAAUGCUUUGGCCUCAAUAUCCCAGCAGAUCACUUGAAUGGCUACAACUACUGGGAUGUGCGGCAGAAUCUGAAGAGUCCUUCCUACAAAGACUUUGAGCACACCAACUACCUUGAGCUAACCAGCUGCGACACUCGUGGCAUGAUAGGACCCUCGCAGGCGCAGUGCGAGGCAUCCUACAGGGAUCAGAAUAAGUCCCAUGUCCUGCGGGAAGUCCAUGUGGUGGAGGACCAGAGCAGCUACAAGGGCAUGCAGAAGUGGAAGGUCCCCCACGAGGGGCACUACACAAUCAUUGCCAAGGGCGCCAGUGGAGGACUGGGUUCGGGUGGUGUUGGCAGCUCUCGAGGAUCGGUGGCUGUGGCUGUUCUGGAGCUGCAUAAGCAUGAGGAGCUUUACUUCCUCGUGGGACAACAGGGCGAGAAUGCCUGCAUCAAGUCGAUGGGCGUUCUCAAGGAACCCGGCUGCGGCACCGAUCACGACCUGGAUUUGGGCCAAUAUAGCUUCCGCAACAAGCAGGACAUGGUGAAGAACAUUUACAUCGAAAAUGGUGCCGGCGGUGGAGGCGGUGGCUCCUACGUGUUUCUCCUCAAUCAGGCCAAAAACGAGGCUGUGCCUCUUCUGGUCGCUGGUGGUGGAGGAGGCCUUGGCAUUGGCCAGUACAUAGACGAGGACUUCCAGCAUGGUCAGAAGGCGAAGCCCCAGCAGGCGCCAGAAAGUGGACAGAUCAACGGCGAGCCGCUGAACAAAAAGACCGCUGGCCCAGGUGGAGGAUGGAGGGCCAAGGAGGACCAGGCCCUGAGCCCCACCAAUGGAGCUGCUCUACUCCAGGGCGGUCGUGGUGGUCACUCCUGCUAUGUGGAGCUGGCGGACAACGGAACCUCCGUGCACCGACAUGGCCAAGGUGGCUUCGGCGGAGGCGGAGGUGGCUGCAAUACCGGAGGAGGAGGUGGUGGCUACGCCGGUGGCGAUGUCUAUCUGACCGAGUCGAAUGGCGAGGGCGGCAGCUCCUACAUCAGUCCCAGCCGGAGUAUUCGCGAGAUCAGCGAAAUAUAUGCGGGUGCCAGCAGUGGACCAGGUGCCAUCAUCAUCAUUCCGGCGAUCGAGGGCUGCGGCUGCGACUACAGGUGCGUGGCCCUGGAUGAGUUCCGGUCGAAGGUGCGCUGCAUCUGCCCGGAUGGCUGGAGUCUGAAGAGGGACAAUCAUACCGCCUGCGAGAUCCGCGAGGAGGCCGGCAAGUCAUCCUUCCAGUACCUCGUCACCAUCCUGAUGAUCUCGCUGGCCGUGCUCUUCAUCUGCAUUGCGGCGCUCAUCUUCAUGCUAUACAAUCGCUAUCAACGGAAGAAGCAAUCGAAGAAGCGCCACAAGAUGCUCGUAGAGCAGGAUCUCCAGUUAACACGUUUGCGCAACAAUAUCGACGACUCCAAUCUGAACAACUUCAAUCCCAACUAUGGGUGCGAUGGCAUCCUCAAUGGUCACAUCGAUGUCAACAGUUUGCCCCAAGUUGCACGCGACAGUCUGCAGUUGGUCAAUGCCCUGGGCAAAGGAGCCUUUGGAGAGGUUUACAUGGCCUUGUAUCGCCAUCGGGAUGGAGAUGCCGUGGAAAUGGGCGUGGCAGUGAAGACCCUACGCGAAGAUCCCAAGCGCGAGAAGGAGGAGGACUUCCUGAAGGAGGCUGCCAUCAUGGCCAAGUUCAAUCACCCGAACAUGGUGCACUUGAUAGGCGUCUGCUUCGACCGUCAGCCGUACUACAUAGUCUUGGAACUGCUCGCUGGCGGGGAUCUGCAGAAGUUCCUGAGGGAGAACAGGAACACCCCAGAGCGUCCCUCCCUGCUGACCAUGAAGGAUCUGCUGUUCUGCGCCUUGGACGUGGCCAAGGGGUGUCGCUACAUGGAGAGCAAGCGAUUCAUCCAUCGGGACAUUGCCGCCAGGAACUGUCUGCUGAGCAGCAAGGGUCCCGGCCGAGUGGUGAAGAUCGCCGACUUCGGCAUGUCCCGGGAUAUCUACAGAUCGGACUACUACCGCAAGGGAGGCAAGGCCAUGCUGCCCAUCAAGUGGAUGCCGCCGGAGGCCUUCCUCGAUGGCAUAUUCACCUCGAAGACGGAUGUCUGGUCCUUUGGCAUUCUGCUGUGGGAGGUCUUCAGUCUGGGCCGUUCGCCAUACCCGGGGCAGCACAAUACCCAGGUGAUGGAGCUGGUGGUGCGAGGCGGUCGAUUGGGCUCACCCACCGAGUGUCCCGUCUCCAUCUACAAGGUCAUGGCCGACUGCUGGAAUCCCACGCCCGAGGAUCGGCCCACAUUCAUCACCCUGCUGGAACACCUGACCGCCUGCACCCAGGAUGCGAGCAUAAUGAACGCCCCUCUGCCCAAUAUCCUGGGACCCACGGCCUCGGAAAGAGAUGACACCGUCAUACGACCGCCCAAUGGCGAGGAGUUCUGCCUGGCGGUGCCGGACUACCUGGUGCCCUUGCCACCAGGUGGCAGCAACAAUCCCUCGGUGGCCAGCGGAUCAGGCUAUGUUCCGGAGUCGCAGCGCCAGCAGAUGAGCUCCUGCACCCCGCCGGCGGUCACCUCUCCCGCCGCACCGCACCCCAGGCCGGUGGAGAACAUCCCGCCGACCAGUGGAGACUGCUGGGAGACAUCCUUUAUACUACCGAACUCCAAGGUGGAGCCACCGGUGGCCGGGAGUGGCCAUGACGUGCCACUGGCCGCCGGGGAGGAGGCCAAGCUGAUCAGCCUGGACACACCGCAGCCCACACCGACCACCAUCCAACCACCCCUGUCCUUCGCCUCGCAGCUGGACGGGAUCACGCUGGACCCCUCGGCGCUGACCAAGGGCUUGCCCAACGGCAGUGCCAAGCAGUCGUACGCCAAUGUCCAGGUGAAGAACGGGGAGGAGGCGAAGCCCCUCAACGGCGUGGUGGUGGGCAAUGGAACGGUGAUGAACGGCGAGGUCUCGACGGGAUCGGGUGGUGCCGAUUCGCCCUUCACCAUCCAGGGAUACGCGGAGCGCUACAAGGACAACAACAAUCAUUCCGAAAUCAGUUGUUAAGCGGGCACUCGGAAAUAGGGUAUCCUAAGAUCGGGAUUCUACUUCAAAAGUCCAUAAUUAAAGUUUCCAAAUAAACUGUUUCGGGAUUUUUCGAAAAGAUUUUUAAAAUCUUUUACCAAAAAGUACAGGUCAAAGAUCUACCAAUUAACAAUGCCAAUAGCUAGACUUCUGAAGUAUACUCCCGACUUUGGGCCGCGUCUUUAUCGCUCGUAAUUUGUCUUGUUUUGGGGCAAUCACAAUUUGCUUGCGCCUCACCAGCGCACUAAAUAUAUUUAUUCUCGAAUCAUAAAAUGAGAAAAACCAACAAACAAUUGGGAUAACAGAAACCGAGUGAGAAUUCACAAACAAAAUUGUAUUGUAAUUUAAUCUUAAAUUUGUAUUGCGUAAAAAAACAAAAACCAAAGUCGGAUAACAAGAAACUGCAAGUAACAUAUAAACUUAGUUGAUACAAAUAGUUUAGUUUUUUACCAGAUAUUAGUUUUGCGAAAAGGAAAACAAAAAGUAAUUGAAGAAAAAGAACAUUUUGCGAGAGGUUGUAUAUAUUAAUUGUAUCUAAGUUUUACAUUUAACCUUAGUUUAAUUCAACUAUUUUUUUACAUCCUCAGUUGCCAUACCCUUAGUUAACGUUUUAAGCUGAUGACUGAAAUGCCAAACAAUAUUCCUAAAGUAAAAAAAGUUAAGAACGAAACGAUAGCUUAUUUUUAAUACGCAGUCCAGAACCGGGAACCAAGAUGCCAACUCAAAGUAGUUCAAAGUGUCGAAGCCAACAGCUCGUUUAAAGUUCGCAAUAACACCACAAAUGUAGUCAGAUAUGCCAACACGUAUGUUUUUAACAUAGGAUACACCUUAAUUUAGGAUUCUCGAUUCUUGCGUUGUUUACUCCAAACGAAGUUAAAUUUAGUGUAAAUAACAGCUUCCGUCGUAGCGAAUUACGUAUAUUGUAUGUAUUUGAAUAGUCCUAAGGAAAUAAAAAGAUUAGUAGCGUAUAAAGCGAUAGAGAAAAACUACAAUUUACAGGGUGAUUUUUAUGAAAAUUCAGUUGUAUGUUUGAAAAACAAAAAUUAGCAUUAACGAAACCACGUUGAGGCAACGACUUUCAGCUCGAUUGAGUUGCUUAAAAUGUUGUAAAAUAUUCUUUCAGCACAGCCCUGUAUUUGUUCAUCAUCAGUAACGCUCUCUUUUCAGGUGUUGAUCGGAAUUCGAGAUUUUGUACAUUUAGUUGGAACGUAACAAACAAGCUUUAAAUUAUAUAAUUUUUAUAAAGAUAUAUUAACGAUAUACAAGUGAGGCGACAACAUUAUAUUUAACCAGGCCGAAGAUAAAUAAAUUAUACAAGAACGAGGCUCGCCGCGGAGCCAAAUUUAAUUUAUUAUAUACUGGGGUAGGUAUACAUGCAUAAGCAUUAAUGUAUGUACAACUAGGCAUAAGCAAAUUGAGUGUGUGUUUAAAACAGCAAAUCGAAUAGAGAAAAAACAAAAAGUAUAUACAUAUUUAGAUAAUGAUACCGAAACAUAUAUAGGAAAGAUACGUUACGUCUAUGUUUUGCUUUAUGUACAAGUCUACUGUUAUAUGCGCAUACAUCUAUAUACACGCAAACAUAUUCUCGUAUAUAAACAUAUGUAUAAUCAACUUAUAUAUCCAAUAUGUAUGUGCGACUAAAGCGAACCGUAAAUUAAAAUGCUGAAUACGCGGAAACAAAGAACAUGUAAAUUACAUUUAUAGCUACCUAGAUCUUACACGCAUAUUCAGCCGAUCUCGCGUUUUUGCUUAAAAAUAAAUAACAUUAUUAAAUUCAUAAUUAUAUGAACCUAUUUUUCCAUAAGACAAGCUCAAUAUUAUAUGACUCGAUCCCAGGACAAUGUUUAUUCGACCCAUGAUUGCUUUUCAUUGCCGAAAAUAUUCACAGUGGAGUAAAAGCGAGAGAGCGGUUGAAUGUGCAAUUUACAAUAUAUUUUACAAGCGACUUGUCACAGAAAAUACCGAAACUCAAACAAAAAAUGUACAAAAGAAAUAAAAACAAAUCGAGAGAAAAUAGAAAUAAAUAAAAAUCUACCAAUGUAUGCUCACAAUCGGAAGCUCAAUAGGUGUACGAACAUAUUCGAAGGUAUAUCUCCGCAUCCACGGCUUAAACAUAGUCUUAACACCUAGUCGAGUCGAUGACUUGGCAGUAUUUUCCGUUGCUGUACGUGUAUCUAUUAUGGUUGUGCCGCGGCAUCUCAAGUAGGCAGUAAGCUUACCAAAAUGCAUUACACACACACACACAGAUCUACAGGAGGUCCUUUCCGAGUACAGGCAUAUGUAUAAACACACAGGAUUCCCACACACUUUUGUACCCUGACGACAUUACCUAGUGUACCUUAAGCCCACAACCUGACAGAGAAGAUAACAUAUGCAUAUAUCCACAGACCGUUGUUGAUUGAUGAUUGAUUGUUGGCACUGGUUCAGUUCGAGAUUUUGGGGUUUAGAAUGGGGUGAUCAUUACGCUACGGAUUUAAAGAUGGGCGAAGAAUCGAUACGAUUCCGUAGUUCGGCAACAGUUCGACAUGUUUUGAGGGCCAAGAGGGUUUAAGUAUUCAUUGCUGAUCACUCGACAGACAUCAAAGGUAGCUCAAUUUCUUAGGAGGGGAUGUGAGAGGUUUUGAAGCUUAGAACCAGGCCAAGGCAUUUACUUCUGACGAGAUAAAUCAUUGUUAUCCGCAUAACGAUUUCGAUGGAAUAUCAGUAGCUUUGCAUACACUUCUUUUCUCAACAAUAACAAAAUCGCAACGAAGUUUAGAAAAGUAAACGUAAACGAUAUAUAAAAACAUAUAUUUAAAGACAAAUUUAAGAAGCGAAAUAAGUAAAAAUCUCACACAAUAAAUGGUAUUUUUAUAUACUACGAAAACCCUACCAAAAAAAAAUCGAGAAAAAACAAACGACAAAAAAAAAAAGGAAUGCAAGUUUAGUGCAUGCGAACAGGCUUAAACUUAGCUCUAGCUAUAAAGUAUUAUUAUAUAAAAACAAAAUUAAUGGUUUUCAUUUAAAAUCGUAAAUUAUUUUGUUACACUUAAAGAGUAAUGAAGAAACCAAAAAUAAAUAAUAAACAAGAAACAGAAACGCAAAGACUAGAACCACAUUUUGUAAGCUGGCUCGCCGGAGUAAUGGAUUGGUGGCAAGUAACAUAUAAUACAGCAUAAGCAAACCAACCAACAAAAAGUCCAUUUAGAGAAGCCACCACACUCGAAGAAAAACGAAAACGAAUCUAUUGUCAUAACUUGCUGAAAAAUAAUGACGGGCGAGGAAAUCUAAUCGGUACUUGAGAAUUCCACUCACAUAGUAUAAUUUUCGAUUCGGUCUAAGCUAUAGGGAAAUACCAGCUAAGCAACCUAUAACAAACACUUACCCAUACUCCAGUCUCCCCUCACACUCCGCUCACCCAAGCUCGACUUCGGAUUUCCACAUUUUCCACGCUUUUCCUCCCCCGUGAGUCGAGAGGACUAGUUUUGAAUUAUCUAAGCAUAAGCACAUCUCACAAAGCAAAAUCGAAAAGUAUAUUAUAUCUUAAUGGCAUAUAUAUUUGGCGCUAUGGAGUGGAAAACAAUUUUAAGGUUGGUGGCGUGUAAGCGCUGGAAAUGCGAAAUAACAAAAGCUGAGAAACUGAGAAAAAAGAAUAAAAGUGAAAUUCAUGUGUACAAAAACAA